AUGUAUCUACUGGUUUAUGUUGAUGAUAUCAUCCUCGUCAGUUCCUCAGAUGCUGCUGCUGAUCGUCUUGUGACUGCACUGAGUGGUGAUUUUGCUGUCAAGGAUUUAGGUGCUCUACACUAUUUCCUUGGUCUGGAGCCUGCACCGUCUUGUGAGCUCUCAGCCUUUUCAGAUGUGGAUUGGGCUGGUAGUCCUGAUGAUAGGCGAUCCACGGGGGUAUAUGCAGUGUUCUUUGGUCCUAACUUGAUCGCCUGGAAUGCUUGCAAGCAAGUUACAGUGUCUUGCAGCAAUACUGAAGCUGAGUAUAAGGCAGUUGCUGAUGCGACUGCUGAGAUCAUAUGGGCCAUAGUUAAGGUUGAGGGAGGGUGUUAG